CGGGCCUGAGUUGGCCUCGAAGCUCCCUACCGUACGGUCGAGAGAGAAACUACCCAGCCUCUGUUGGUAUGGGGUGUACUCCUUGGUAUUCGAGUACUCACUUCCCUAAUUCACGACGUCCACCUCCUCUUUUCCCUCUCCUUGCCUCAAAUGCCGCGUCACAAUUCACACAGCACAACUCUACCACCACAAUAAUCCACACCCAUAUUCACCCACAUCCUGUCGUCGGGCCUACGACGAUGAUCAACACCCUCCUUUGAACCAUUCCACUACCAUCCGUAUUCCAUUCAUACCAACCCCAACACCACAUAUCUGUGUCGCCGCUAUGGUUCACGCACCCGUACCACAAGUCACCGAGCACGAGAACACGAAAACGCCCAGGUAGGACAUCAACUUCAAUCGUUACCGCGGAUACAGCAAUCUGGUAGAGACGACGGUGAGCGAAUAGCUUCAGCGCUGCCAAAUCGAACGACCGAAAGCGAACAAAGCCAUGGCUCCAACUGUGAAAAACGACGCUCUGGGUGACCUGAUAGGCCACAUUCCACAUGGCUGUCCUACACCAUCCAAGUCCACCAUUCAGUGUUGCUGUGGCCGGAAAGAUUGCGCAUAUCUGGAACACAACUCCUCGGCAGUCGAGGAUCUCGAGAGAGAGCUCCAUACGGCAGCCACACUCGGUCAGGUAAACAUUCCUCGUCCAACCCGCUUUGUCUUGUUUGGAAAUUGCUCGUUACCGUUACACCCGCAAGUUGGCAUCGUGAGAUUUAACGAGGUGUUGAAAUCCUUCAAAUGCAGACCAACCUCCUGCCAUGUUUGUCAUAUCCAAAUGUUUUUGAUUCUUGAAGAGACCAUGUGUUGAAUACCAAAAUGUCCAAAUCGCUGACCUUUGCACUGCAGGCGCUGCUUGUGCGCCAUGAGGCGUAUAUGUACGAUGCCGAACGAGACCGCAUGGAGAUGAAUGGGAAAAUCGACCAACUCGAGCAUGAAAAGAAGCUGUUGGAGGAGCAAAAUGCCCGGAGCGCUGAAGAGAACCAACAACUGUCUGAGCAACUAGAGGGACUUAGCACAACACUCUCCGACUCCGAAAUCCACAUCAAGUCUCUCGAGUCAACCCUACAGUCAACACACCAGGAACUUCGACGGCUAGAGGCAUUAGCUUUCCGAACACAAGAUCUGGAGAUUCAGUUGGCAGCAGUGGAGCAGGAACAAGAUCUAUUACAAAAAGCUGUUGCGAAAAGCGAAGCAGAAGAACGAUCUGCCAUUCAGCGAUGGAAGCAGGCCGAGCGGAGACUACACGAAUUGGAGGACCAGCUGGAGAGGAUAGAAUGCGAGGCCCGGGAAGAACGGGAACGACAUGUCGAGGUUAUUGGGCGCAUGGAACGACAACGGGCUGUGGAGAAUGAGUUGGGAAGUGCUGCUGGUAGACUAAAGGCAGCUGCUGCUACUACCGGUAACUCCAAGAAUGGAUCCAAUGUGGUAUCUCACUUUGUUAAGGAUAUCCUUCAAGACAAUGCGAACCUACAACUGGGAAUUAUGGAGCUUCGAGAGAUGCUGUUAAACUCAAAUGAUGAGGUCCAGGCUUUACGGGAACAGUUGUUAUUGCAUCAACCACUCGAAAACAGCGAAGGAGAGAAAACUCCAACCUUGGGUGCCGAGCUUGCCUCAAAGUCACAACCAGCAACUCUCGCUCCACCACCUGAGCUGCAUAUUCAUCACCAUUAUCAUGUACCAAAGAAACAGGAGACUCGAACACCAAAGAAGAAACGACUUUCUCUCAGUGCAUCAAUCUUCACUCCCCCGAGGAAUGGCCAUUCACCAAUAUCACCAAGGAGACCCCGAAAUCGAGACACCGCAAGUACAAUACUUUCUCAGACUUCGGUUACUGUCCCGGCGCCUCGUACUCCAACAAAUCGCUGGUCUAUGCAGUCUGGUGCUAUGUCAGACUUUGCUCCCUCUUCUGUACCCAGCUCCCCACAGUCUGCAUACCGUAGUAGCACUCUCUUUGAUAGAAGCUUCGAUAUAGACUCCUCGCGGCCAACAUCACCUGGAUCAAGUAUUGACCCUAUGUCACCACAAUUUGGUCCAAUGCGUCACCGAAAGAAGCUAUCCGAUGUCUCAACUAGAAGUUUCGGUGGGACGAACUUUCAACCUCAUAAUGUUAUACAUGAAGAGGAUGACGAUGUACAAGCGAUGCCUAGCCUGAACACCCCAAGGGUUCCAUCACUGAAUAUCGAUACCAGCUGUGCUCAAGAUUCACGAGAUGUAAAUUACGAGCAAACACCCAACGAAAACUGGAACGACUCAUUCCGACCUUCCCUCCGACGUACUUCAUCCCAUGAGUCCAUUCUUUCGGUAUCUGGUAUCGAUAUUCAUACCUUGAAAUCUCGUCCUUCACAAUUGGCCAUUGGGUCAAACAACUCGCUUCUACUUCCUCGAACACGACUCAACGACCCGACCUCAAUGGUCUCUGUCAACACAGAAGUUACCGCUCAGCCGACCCUUUCUCGCUUCGGGCAUGAGAGCACAUCAUAUCUUCGCUCAAGCAUUCAGGGGAACAAUUCGGAUGCACGGUCCGUCAGCUCGGGUGGAUCAGUCGAAAGCACCAGCUCUCGAGUUGGUGGGAAGCUAGGAGGAUGGGUAUUUGGACGAUGGGGUGCCACGCCUACGAAAUCCGGACCUUCAGCUCCUGAUCAACAGAGAGCUGUAAGUACUCCGCCUACACAGGAGCCAUUCACGGCAAGAUCUCCGGGAAUCAACCAGAAAGGUCCGAUUCCCGGGCUUGUCAGGAAGGUUUCCAAGGCGCCGAGUAAGGUCCGAUCGAACUCCGUUGAUCGUGAGGCCUUGAAGGAGAUCCUGGAUGAGGUUGCUGGACUUGGUCUUGGGUAGAGGGCCAUCGAUGAUUCUGCUAGAUGAACUUGACAGGGAUGGAUAGGUAAAUAUCACUUUUUUUGGUUGGUAGGAUGAAUGGAGAAUAUUACAUACAUAAUCUUUUCUUUCUUUUUAUCUUUUUUCCUUUGUUUCUCUCUCUCUUUUUUUGUUGGGUGGGAGGAAGGGGGGUUGUACGGAUAGGAUGGGUGGCUAGGUUUAGGAUGGAGUUUUGUUUUCCUUGGAUGGGAUGGGAUGGAUUGCUAUUCUGGUUUUUUCUCCUUCUCUCUUUUUUAUUGUUUUUUGUUUUCUUGACGUCUGCGCGGAUUUGGGAUAUACCCCUUGCUGGAUUGUGGAGUGGUUGAUUAGAUUAGAUUAGAUUGAUGGAUGGAUGGAUGUGAGAUUGGUAUUGGGUUGUUGGAGUGUGGUGUGGUGUGGUGUGUAAAUUGUUAAUGUUGUUAAUAUUGAAGUGAAGCGAGAGCGAAAUGGGAUGGGGAUGGGAUAGGGGUGGGGAUACCUAGCUUAACUUGGGUACUUGGGUACUUGGUAUCGUAGGUACGGUAGGUAUCGUAUAAUAGAAUAGAAUAGAAUAUUUU